AUGAAGAUUGCCAUAAUUGGUGCUGGAAUUGCCGGAUGUGCAGCUUACCUGGAGCUGCAAAAGCACCUCCCACAGCCCAGCAAGUCCGAUGAAUCACAUGAGGUCAUUAUCUAUGAGGCAUACAAUACAAGCCCGAGUAUCACAGCCAAUGAAAGAAAAGAAGAUCACACGCAUUCCUCUACAUUAAUUGUUGGGGGUGGACUAGGUGUUGCCCCCAAUGGCUUGAACGUUCUGAAACGCCUUGAUAAAGAGCUCCUUAAGGACGUUGUCCGCGGGGGUGCCUCUUUGGAUGACAACACCAACAAUAAUAACAACAGACCCCCCCACAUGCUCGCGACUAGUCGCCACUCGCUUUGGACUGCAUUGCGGGGACGAAUCCCAGACCACCAUAUCAUCCAUAAGAGAGUAACUCAAGUUAUUGCCCGAUCAGAUGGAAGGAAUUCGAUUCGCUUUGCCGACAACAGCCCUAUUGUGGAAGCUGAUCUGGUUAUCGGUGCAGACGGUGUCCGAGGUAUUGCGAAGCGAGCACUUUUCCCAGAUGCUAAAGAGGAUCCAUACCCCCCGCACUAUGAAGGUCUCGUCGGGGUUGGGGGCUUCAUCCCUGCCGCAGAUGUAAAAGACCUUGUCGAACCGGGGUCUAUGAAUUUUGUGUUUGGUGGAAAUGGGUUCUUCGGAUACUUCUUUUCGGAAAGCUCAGUGUCUGCUGGUAAGCGGGACUCGCCUUAUCACGUCUCCGAGCCAGGAGACUCCCUUGCUUGGUGGUCAACCUACGAGAUCGAAGAAUGUCCUGAUCGCAAAACACUCGACAUGGUCGACGUGACUCGGCAGCUGCGUGAAAGACAUGCUUAUUGGAAGGAGCCUGUUGUUAAAAAAGUGAUCCAAUCACUUCAGGUUGAAAACAUGUAUCCAACGUGGACUUUACCUGCACUUCCAACAUGGGAGCGAGAUGGUGUCGUUCUCGUUGGAGAUGCAGCACAUGCGCUCCCUUCAAGCUCCGGUCAAGGUUCGUCUCAAGCAUUGGAGGAUGUUGAAGCUCUUGCUUUGUUUUUGGCUCAUUACCUUCAUGCACUCCCGGACGAGGUAACGCCAAAGGCCCAGAAGAAUGCGAUCAAAGCAGCCGCCUCGCAGUAUGUGAGUUUGCGCCAGCCGCACGUUAACGCAAUUUUGGAAUCUGCCCAAAAGACCCAGAAUAGCAAGCGUGAAAUGGGGAUACUUAAAGAGUAUUCUAUGUAUGCCAUGAUGAAAAUAAUGGGACUAUUCCCUGGUUUUUUGGCCAACCAAAUUCGCGCGGCGGCGGAAUAUAACAUUGCAGAUGAUGUUGCGCGAAUAAUAGCCAGUGAUGACUGA